CUGUGUAGUGUUUUUGUGGUUUAGUUUUUUUCUCCAUUUCUUUCGUUGGUCACAACAAAUUAUAAAAAUUAAAUAAAUUUAUCACUGCACACAAUUUUUAAAUCUAACGAUAUUCAAGUGAAAUUGUAAGGCUUCAAUAUGAAUUACGGUCGUAAAACUCCAUCAACUUAUCGUUCCAAUCCAUCUGUGUAUUCACACACCACUGGGAGAUCAUCAACAAAUCUACAUUCCAUAAAGUCCCGUUCAACACGUUCCGUGCGUAUACCUUGGUAUCAACGACCCAUAUUGCAGAAUAAUCAGUAUAUUGACAUACAAAAGAGUUCCAUGCUUAUUGGGCUCUUUGCCAUAUUUUUAGCUUUAUUUACCAUUGGCACCUCAAUAUUUGAUAUUUAUUCUUUGGCUAUGGCUGCGCCAGGCUCAACGCAUUAUGGCUACUAUAUAAUAUCGUAUGAAUUCGUUUAUGUUGGCAAUAAACAUGGUGAGUAUAAUGUUUUAAACAAAUUUUUCUAA